AUGAAGACCAAGGAGCUCUCCAAAAGUGGUCAAGGACAAAGUGUGGAGAAGGAGUGUUUCGGGAAGAAGUUGGAUGUAUUGCGUCAGCUGUCAGAGUCCAGUGGAGACAAGGUUCCUCUGUCUGACCUGUUGGUGUCGCUGUUCUACUCUCUAUACAACACAUCCGCACGAGUACAGCAGGCUGCUUCUCAAGCUGGCCACCUGUUUCGAUGUGGGAGGAAGAGGAAGGAGUCAGAGACAACUAACCAGUUCUGGAGGACAUAUUCUGGGAAAACUACUGAUGUCCUUCAGACGCCCCAGCGCAGGCUGGUGUAUGAAAGCAGCGACAAGAGCCUGACCCUCCAGAACGCUGGGAGGUUCUCUGUUAACCGGUUCAUCCUGUUCAACGACGCUCUGAUUCAUGCACAGUUCUCAUCUCACCAUGUCUACCCUCUGGCCACUCUCUGGGUGGAGGCCAUCACGGACAUCACUGCCAGCAGCAACCAGUAUGGAAUUAAGGUGACAACUCCAGAGGAGAGCUUCACUCUGCUGGCCUCCUCCCCUCAGGAAAAGGCGAAGUGGCUGAGGGCUAUUAACCAGGCCGUGGAGGUGGUGUUGACCGGAGAGGGGAGCGGUGCUGGGGUCCCUGCUGUCUCUCGUACCGCCUCCUACGUCUUCUGUAAAGACCUCCGUCUGAAGGACGCCUCCUACUCAGGGCGCUGGCUGUCUGGCAAGCCCCACGGCAAAGGGACCAUGAAAUGGCCAGAUGGCAGAACGUUCACAGGGACGUUUAAACAAGGACUGGAGGACGGCUACGGAGACUGUAAAAUGCCAAACAAGCUCCUCGACAAGAGUGAUCGUUACCAGGGCCACUGGAGAGAUGGGAAGAUGCAUGGCUUUGGGACGUACAAGUAUGCUACAGGUCAGGUGUAUGAGGGAUCCUUCCAUGAUAACAUCCGUCAGGGCCAUGGGAUGCUGAGCUCUGGGAAGCUGAUUGGCUCUUCCUCCAGUGUGUUCGUUGGCCAAUGGCUUCAGGACAAGAAGAUGGGAUAUGGAGUCUUUGAUGACAUCACUAGAGGGGACAAGUACAUGGGCCUAUGGGUAGAUGACCAGCGCCAGGGCAAUGGGGUGGUAGUCACUCAGUUUGGUCUCUACUAUGAAGGGGCCUUCAGCAACAACAAGAUGAUGGGCACUGGUCUGCUGGUGUCUGAUGAUGACACGGCCUUUAAGGGAGAGUUCUCAGACGACUGGACCCCUAAUGGCAAGGGUACCCUGUCGAUGUCCAAUGGAGACUUCAUAGAGGGUCUGUUUAGUGGAGAGUGGACCUCAGGGUUGAAGAUCACGGGAACCUACAUUAAGCCUAAUCUCUAUGAACCUGACAAGGAGUCAACCUGCGUGCUUGAGGUGGGCCGUCUAGCCGUACCACCAGAGCAGAAGUGGAGGGCAGUGUUCUCCGAGUGUUGGAGCAGGCUGGGCUGUGAGGCCCCGGGACGGCCUGAGGAGAGCAGGAGGGCCUGGGAACAUAUCGCUGUUACACUCACCACAGGACGCAGAGACAGUCCAGAGCUGCUGAGCAGGUCUCAGAGCAGAGUCCUGGAGAAGCUGGAGGUGAUUCCACAACACACAGGUCCAGUUACUGCUGCGAGGUAUGACGUCAUCCGACGAUACCUCACCAAGGCCUGUGAGACCCCCCUCCACCCUCUGGGAUGGUUACUGGAGACCCUGGUGACGGUGUACAGGAUGACCUAUAUAGGGGUAGGGUCUAACAGAAGGUUGCUACAACAGGCUGUGGAAGAGAUCAAGUCCUACCUCAGACGCAUCUUCCAGCUGGUCAGGCUUCUGUUCCCUGACCUCCCUGAUGAGGGGGUUGUUAUCCACACUGACCCCAAAGGAUCCUCAGAGACAAACCAGCAAGGCUGGUUGGUGAGUAGCUCCACUCUGCUGCUGCCCGUCCUGCUGCCGCGGCUGUACCCUCCUCUGUUCACCCUGUAUGCCCUGGACAAGGAGAGAGAGGAGGAGGUGUACUGGGACUGUGUCCUGAGGCUCAACAAACAGGCUGACCUGGGCCUGCUGGCCUUCCUGGGGGUCCAACAGAAGUUCUGGCCUGUUUCCGUGUCUGUGUUGGGAGAGAAGCAGCAGGUCCUUCCCAGCACCAAAGAUGCUUGCUUUGCUUCUGCAGUGGAGACCUUACAACAGAUCAGCACCACCUUCACCCCGUCAGACAAGCUGCAGGUGAUCCAGCGUACCUUUGAGGAGCUGACCCAGGAAGUACAUGCCCUGCUAGAGGGGAACUUCCUGUUUUCCAUGGACGACCUCUUCCCUCUCUUCCUCUACGUCGUGCUUAGAGCACGGAUGAGGAAUCUGGCUGCUGAGGUGAGUCUUAUAGAAGACCUAAUGGACCCCUCUCUGCAGAACGGAGAACUGGGACACAUGUUCAUCACACUCAAGGCUUGCUGUUUUCAGAUCCAGCAGGAGAAGACCACGUAGGGAAGGAAGUGUACUGCCUUCUACAACGGAGGUCGACCGGGGCGGACCCACUUUCCAUCCCGUCGACUCCAGAUGACCAGAUAGUCAGUCUGGCGAUUGAUCAUCCUGGGCUAAAGACAUUUACAUUUUUUUACUAUUAUUUAUACAGGGAAGUCCCAUUUGAGACCGAAGCCCUGCUUCACAAAAAGUAGCAAAACAAUACAAAGUACACAAUAAGGAAUUAGUGAAACAAUUAUAACAAUCAAAGGCCGGAGCAUGAGAAAUAAAUUAGAAAAAUGUAUUUAAGAGAUGCAGUGAAAAGGGACUUCUAGACUUCAGGUGCUGCUGCCUCAUGACAAAGGGAACUUUCAUGCACCCUGACUAGCUUUUACCCUGACUAGCUUUUACCCUGACUAGCUUUUAUCCUGACUAGCUUUUAUCCUGACUAGCUUUUAUCCUGACUAGCUUUUACCCUGACUAGCUUUUACCCUGACUAGCUUUUAUCCUGACUAGCUUUUAUCCUGACUAGCUUUUACCCUGACUAGCUUUUAUCCUGACUAGCUUU